AGUACAUCCGGGUGCUUCCAGUGACCUUGGGUUGUUGGUGAGAAAGAAUCAUGGCGGCUCUUGUCAGGAUAAGUUCUGUUUGCUACAGAGGUGUCCGCCCUCUGUUAUUUCGCUCUUCCUCCCUCAUCAGACCUUUAGCUGUACAGAAGAAGGAUCGUGAUUGUCCAUACUUGAUAUCAGCGAAGAUACAUGCUACUCCAUCCAAUUAUGCGGGCUCUGGGUCCAAAGCUGCUUCCCUGCACUGGACAGGAGAGCGGAUCCUGAGCAUAGCUCUUCUGGGCUUGGCACCCGUUGCGUUCUGUUACCCUGGCCCUGCUGUUGACUACUCUUUAGCAGCAGCACUUACUGUACACGGUCACUGGGGUCUUGGCCAGAUUGUGACAGAUUACGUUCACGGAGACUUUAAAAUCAAGAUGGCUAAUGCUGGCCUCUUCCUUCUGUCGACCGUCACCUUCGCCGGCCUGUGCUACUUCAACUACCAUGACGUGGGGAUUUGCAAAGCUGUGGCCCUCUUGUGGAGUAAAUGACUGGACUGAGAUGAGGGCACUGUGGGAUCCGCUUUCGGCAUCAGAGUUCCAGUUUAUUGUAUACAGUUGUGACAUUAAAUGUAAAUUCUAUGAAUAUAUAAUUUUUGCCAACAUUGUGUUGAUUUGCAGGUGUUUUUAAUUGUUAAUGAUUUCAGUUUGUUCAGAAGAUGCUCAGCUUUUGCUUAAAAUGGAAAUCUGCAUGCCGUCCACUCUCUUGUCUGGCAAAUCAGUGUUUCUGAUGCAGCUAAAGCAACAAAUUAUUGUGGCUACAAGAUGCUGGUCACUGUAUUUGAACUUGAAAAAUCAUUACACUAAUAAUACUACAUUUUUACAGGAACAUGAUCAGGUAAUAAAUGUUUUGGCUAUAUUUAUAUUGCAUAAUGUCUUUUUGUCAGCCAGUAUCUGAUGUGUUAAAACAAUAUCUUGACUCAAGUUGGUUGUCAUUAGAGCAUAUGCAGAAUUAGCUUUACACAGGUAUUUGAAAAUGUACCUUCAUAGUCCUCCAUUAAUGACCACAUCUGGAGAAUUGUCACAUUGACAGUGUUUCUGCUUCACACUUUGCAUGGCUGUAUUUCUGCUCAAGUAAGUAAUCGUUCAUGAAAGGAAAUGUGUAAUUGAAUGUGCUUUGCACUAAAAUCAAUGUAUCUACAUCUUUCAUUUUAAAUUGCUUAGAUGUACUUUAAACAGGUAAAACUGAGCUUGUGUGGGUAAUGCAAAUAGAAUCUAAAUGACAAAAUGUGUGUUUUGGGUCUAAGGGUUUCUAGAGAUAUUUUUUCCUGACUGACUUUGAUGGAAUACAUUUUGGACUGAGAUUUUGCAAGUCCUGUUAUCAUGCUCUUAUACACUUCUGAAAACGACAUCAUCGAGUCUGGCCGCACUUGUGUCUGUUUAAAGUGCUAUGGAGAUUUGUGUAAUAAAUCUGUAUGACUAGAUUUCUAUGCAGAUUGAAGUUUUGGGUACAAUUGUGCGCUUAAGAAUAAAGGCAGUUUUUUUGGAUUAUAUUGUUUCUUUUGAGUGAACAGAGUUUUCCACUGUACACAACUGUACUG